AGAAUCCGUGUAGGUUCUCUCCGCCCUAGAGACACUCUUGCUGGCAAACUACUGACAGAUAACAGUGGGCUUGAUCCAAGGGCGGACACACCAAGCAUUGAUCCUCCAGUCGCUGCAGCCGUUGUUGAACAGCCAAACGCCGCACUAGUCGCCCCAGAGGUUAAGCCUAGACAGCUCGCUAAGCUUGUCGGCAAGCUUCUAGGUGCCGGAGCCGGUGCCAAGAAAAAAAACAAAGCCAAAGCGGCGGCCAAUCCGGCAAAGGCGGCUAAUCCGGCCAAGGCGGCCACUCCAGCCAAGGCGGCCACUCCGGCAAAGGCUGCCACUCCGGCAAAGGCGGCCAAUCCGGCAAAGGCGGCCGGCGGUGCUGGUGCUACUACUCCAAAGACGCCCGCCACUGCCCCCAACGCCGCCGCUGCCAAUCCGCAACAAGCAGCGAAGAAGGCCAACUCUGCUGCCGGAGCCGGAGCCGCUGCUGCUGCCGUCGGCGGUGCUGCCGGUGGUGCCGUCAAAGCAGGGAAUUAAGCCAGCCUUCGCCUUAGAGGCAGCGGACUGUAUACGAGAGCUGGGAUCGACACAUUCUUUCUAACGUGUGCGUUUUGGGUCAGCCUGAAGUACAUAAUUCAAAACUUUAUUUCAGAGGUUGGGUGACGUCUGCGACGCGAAGAAUCAACCAUGGAAUGG